UGGAUGAGUGCAGCUCCCACAACACUCAAGAAGCUUGACACUGUCCAGGGCAAAAGCAGCCUGCUUGAUAGGCACCACAUCCACAAUCACUCACUCCUUCCACCAUCGAUGCACAGUGGCAGUAGAGUGUACAAUCUAUAAGAUGGAUUGCAGGAAUUCACCAAGGCUCCUUCGGCAGCACCUUCCAAACCUGCAACCACUACCAUCUAGAAGGACGAGGGCAGCAGAUAGAUGGCAACACCACCACCUGGAACUUCCCCUCCAAGAAUUGGUUUUUGCCUCGUGUGAAAUUUUAAAGGAAAAUGGCAGAUGAUUUGAAGAGAUACCUUUACAAACAGUUGCCUAGUGUCGAGGGCCUUCAUGCCAUUGUAGUAUCCGACAGAGAUGGAGUGCCUGUUAUUAAAGUUGCUAAUGAUAAUGCACCAGAACAUGCACUGAGGCCUGGAUUCCUCUCUACCUUUGCUCUGGCAACAGAUCAAGGAAGCAAGCUGGGACUUUCAAAGAACAAGAGCAUCAUUUGCUAUUACAAUACGUACCAGGUUGUACAGUUUAAUCGGUUGCCUUUGGUAGUUAGCUUCAUAGCCAACAGCAGCGCCAACACAGUGUGCCUUCAUUAUAAGAUUAGAGCAGUGGAAGCAGAACAGCGUUGGAGACAAGUGAGCGUGAAUGAGGGACGAGGCGGAACAGUAGGAAAGGAUGGAAUUGUUGGCAUGUGUUUUUCCUGUGGUCUAGGAGCUGCAGUAUCUGGGGUUGAUUGUCAGUUUGGAGAAAGAGCUCGCACCAUUGUUUGAAGAAUUGCGCCAGGCUGUGGAAGUUUCAUGAAGAACGAAGCAAGAAAAUAUAUCAUCUCAAAGAUUGUGAACUUAUUGGCAAGUCAUUAGUGCAGCGUGCAGUUCCCAGGGAUUUGGGUCAUGCUCUUAAAGACGAUCCAUCAAGUUUAAUGCUUCUUAAACUGAGAAUUGGAUCGUAGAUGACUUUCCUCCAAGUUCUGCUUGACAGUAUUUACUGCAUACAGCUGUUGCUGUGCUCAACACCUCACUGCCACUAAUGAUAUGUGGUGUUUAAGACCCCAAUGUGUUUCUGUUUAUAAAGUAAGUUAGAAUUUCUGGUAUCUUGAUUGCAUUGUCAUAACUCACGGGCUGUUGCUCGUCUUACUUUGGAGGCAUAGGGAAGAGGUGAAUCACUGCUGACUUUAAAUUACGUUAAAACAAGGCACAAUUAAUGCCUAAGGUGAAGCUCUUGUUACUAAAGAGACAGAACUGCUUAAACUGUUGGCGUGUAAAUUCACUCGUGUACAUUUUGGUUGUGAUAUAUUGCUUGUAACAGAGAACCACAAAUGGUGGUAGUUAUUUACUGAGUGCAAACAUAAUUUGGAAUAAAACAUGAGUAUUCAAAGCUG